GUAUUGGUGGCAGUGCUGAGGGGCCCCUCGCUGCCCUCAUCAUGGCAUCUGCUCUCACCGUCCUCCUCCUAGGCUGCUGGCUGGCCGGGCACAGCGGGGUGUGGGGACAGCCCAGCUACCCCAAACCCACCAUCUCUGGGAUCCCCAGCGAGGGGGUUUCCUUGGGGGGAUCCGUGAGCAUCUGGUGUAAGGGGCAGCACCAGACCGUGCAGUUCAUGCUGUAUAAAGAUGGACGCCAUAACGGAAGUGUGGAUUCGGACUCACAGGCUCUGUUUCUCAUCAACAUCGUGAGCCGGGAGCAAGGCGGGAACUACAGCUGCUCCUAUCGCAGCAGAUCGGGGCCGUUCACGAUGUCAGACCCCAGCAACCCCGUGGAGCUGGUGGUGAGAGAUCCCAGCUUACCCGGACCCUCCAUCUCUCUGAGCCCCACUGGGGUCGUGACCUCAGGGGCAGACGUCACCAUCCGGUGUCAGGGGCAGCGCCGGGACGUGAGGUUCUUUGUGCACAAGGCUGAAGACCAGAACCCGCAGCAAAACAUGGACCCUGCUGGGGACGGGGCCGAGUUCCGCAUCCCCAGUGUGGGCCGGCAGCACGGAGGGAGCUACAGCUGCAGCUACCGGCCCCCAUCAGAGCCCUUCGUCUCCUCGCAGCCCAGCGACACCGUGGAGCUGGUGGUAGCAGGAUAAGGACCAGCCCCGAGACAGAGCAGAUGAGACCCCAGCUCUGCUCCCCACCCUGAUCUACCUGCGCUAGGAUUCAGGACUCCUGGUUUCUCUCCCCCACUCAGGGAGGGGAGUGGGAUCUAAUGGGUAGAUAAGGGGGGCUGGGAGUCAGGACUCCUGGUUUCUCUCCCCGGCUCGGGAUGGGAAGUGGUGUCUAGUAGUUACAACAGGGGGGUGAGGAGGUUUUAAUGUUGUACUUUUUAGUUAUUUUCCUAAUGAUAGCUUGAUUCUCAUAGUUGAUAACCAUGAAAAACGGUUAAUUGGCAACUCAAUAGAAUCUUUAUGCUAAAUCUGGUGCUUUUUCUGUUGCUAACCAUGAUCGCAAACUAUAGCUGUGCACAUUGAUUUCAGCAGUUCUAUGGAGUAAUUUACAUUUCUUCUGUCUAAUUUUUACAUUUUGAUUAUGUUGGAAAAUGGCAAAUGAUUCAUUUAUUUCCUAGAUGAUGAUGAUGGUUUUUUACUUCUGAUUUGUCCAAGCUCUGUUUGGAUGGAAAUUCAAAUGCACAGAAACAGCAUUUUCAAUAUGUUUAUUAAUUAAAUAAAAUGUCAAAGUCAGACUCAGGA